AUGGCCGACGGCACGCAAGAUCUCCUGGCGCGCAACGAUCAACUUCAGAGAGGCCUCAAGAGCCGGCACAUCCAGUUCAUGGCCCUCGGCGGAGCCAUCGGAACCGGUCUCUUCGUCGGCUCCGGCCUCAUCCUCUCCACCCUCGGUCCCGCGCCCCUCUUCAUGGGCUACAUGUCCAUGAUGAUGAUCGUGUGGAACAUCAUGAACAACCUCGGCGAGAUGGCCACCUACCUGCCCCUCAAGGGCGUCUCCGUCCCCUACUUUGUCGAGCGCUUCGUCGAGCCCAGUCUAGGCUUCGCCUGCGGCUGGAACUACUGGUACGCCUACGCCAUGCUCGUCGGCGCCGAAGCCUCCGCCGGCGCCAUCCUCCUCGAGUACUGGAACAGCCCCGUCCCCACCGCCGUCUGGAUCGCCAUCAUCCUCAUCGUCCUGCUCGGCCUCAACAUCUUUGGCGUCGCCAUCUUUGGCGAGGCCGAGUUCUGGUUCGCCAGCAUCAAGUUCAUCACCAUCAUGGGGCUCGUCAUCGUCAGCAUCGUCAUCAUGGCCGGCGGCGCUCCCAACGGCGAGGCUGUCGGCUUCGACUACUGGAAAGACCCCGGCGCCUUCAAGGAGUACAUGGCCCCCGGCGCCACCGGUCGCUUCCUCGCUUACUGGAGCGGUUUCGCCCGCGCCGGCUUCGCCUUCAUCACCUCGCCCGAGCUGCUCGCCAUCGCCGCCGGCGAGACCGUCGCGCCCCGCCGCAACAUUCCCAAGGCCGCCCGCCGCUUCGUCUGGCGUCUCGCCAUAUUUUACGGUCUCGGCUCCUUGAUGAUUGGUUGCAUCACGCCCUCCAACGACCCGGAUCUCCUGAACCCCGAGUCCAACGCCAACUCCUCUCCCUGGGUCCUCGGUAUUCAGCGCGCCGGCAUCGGCACCCUGAACCACAUCAUCAACGCCGCCAUUCUCACCUCGGCCUGGAGCGCUGGAAACGCCUUCCUCUACUCUGGCAGCCGCGUGCUGUACUCUCUCGCCCUCAACGGCCAGGCCCCCGCCAUCUGCGCCAAGACGGACAAGCGCGGCGUGCCCUGGGUCGCCGUGCUCGCGACCUGGUCCAUCGGCCUGCUCGCUUUCCUCAACGUCGAUAACAACGCCGCCAAGGUGUUUAACUGGUUCAUGAAUAUUAGCACCAUUAGCGGCUACAUUGCCUGGAUCGUCGUCAUGAUCACCUUUAUCCGCUGGCGCAAGGCCAUGGUCUUCCACGGCAUGAUGGACCGCCGGCCUUUCAAGACGCCUCUGCAGCCUUAUGCUACCUACUUCUUCCUCGUCAUCCUCAUCCUCCUCACUCUCACCAACGGCUUCCAGAUCUUUUGGCCCAGUAAUUUCAACGCCGCCGACUUCCUCGCCGCCUACAUCACCAUUCCCGUCUUCUUCGUCUUGUACUUCGGCCACAAGAUCAUUUAUAGGACGCCCUGGGCUCGCAAGAUUCCCGACGUCGACGUCGUGACGGGCGUUCGCGAAAUGGAGGAGAUGGAGGCUAGCGAGGAGGAGAGGGUGCCGCAGACGGUGUGGCAGAAGAUAUGGUAUUGGGUUGCGUGA